UCGAGCUCGGCUCCCGAUUUCCCUGGAAUCCAGGUUCCAGUCCGAUCCUCACUCCGGGUUCCAGUCCUCACUCCCGGCUCGAGUCCGCGAUCUGAUCCAGUCCGGGUUUUCGCGGCGCCGCCGCUGUAAUCUGCGGUUCUUUGUGUCGAGCGGAGCCGCGUUGCUGUCAUCCGCUCCAGUGCAGCAACAGGGCCGCGCGCGCGCGUUUGUGUGUGUGUGUGUGUUGUUGGUAAACGAGUGAUCAGGGCCGCCAUGUCGAGCAGCUGCGAUCGCGGCUUCUCCAGCGAAGAGCUGCUUUCUCUGCGCUUCCCGCUCCACCGAGCCUGCAGGGACGGCGACCUGCUCCUCCUGCGCUCGCUCCUGGCGUUGCCCGCCACCGCCGAUCUGACCCUGGAGGACAACUUCUACGGUUGGACCCCCCUGCACUGGGCCGCGCACUUCGGAAAGCUGGAGUGUACAAUGCAGCUGGUGCAUGCAGGAGCUGGAGUAAACACUACUACAACACGGUUUGCUCAGACCCCAACCCACAUUGCAGCUUUUGGAGGACACCCUCAGAGCUUGCUCUGGCUGAUUCAAGCAGGAGCAGAUUAUAAUAUACAGGAUUAUGUGGGUGAAAGCCCUAUCCAUAAGGCAGCACGCUCUGGAAGUCUGGAAUGUCUUAAUGUCCUCGUGUCUCAUGGGGCAAAAGCAGAUUUAAGGAAUGCUAAUGGCCUGACAGCAGCAGACCUCGCUCUUGCCCAAGGAUUCAAUGAAUGCUCCCAGUUUCUGUCCAAUUUGCAGAACUAUCACCUGAAUGGUUCCUACACCAAUGGAAUCUCAAAUGAGUUUUACCAGCAUACUUUCACAAGUGGCCUAAACGGCUACAGCGCAACUAAUCGGAAGCGAACUCAUGAGGAUGCUGAGCAUGCUGCAGUAAAGAAACCGAGAACUGAGGGGAUGGCAACGGACAUCAGUGCAGUGGAUGAUCUUGAAAGCAUGUACACAGAGUUCAAGCCUCCAGCCAUUUCAGAUACGAAUCUCAGUAGCUUCAUGGAGAAAAUGUUGACAAAUGGAAAUUCCACAAAUGGACAAUUACACGACUUCUCUUCGGCUCAGGUAAAUGGGAUGGGAAACCUGUCUACUGAAUUAAGUGCUUGCAAUGGUAUGGUUAAUCACAUUGGAUUAACCACUUGUAAUGGAAGUGGCUUUCAAUCCAAUGGAGUCACUAAUGGCAUUGGCAAUGCUGAAGAAAGUUCUCAAUCAUGCAUGGAAAUGUGUGGUUCACUUCACCAAAAUGGGAGUCCUAGUAGUUGUGUGGCACUUAAGCCUACCUGGCCAUCAAACCAUGCUGUAGAUGUUGAGGGUGAAGGAGAUCCUCUGCAGUAUAGCUAUUAUCAUGGAUUUGGAGAUACUGCAGAAAGUAUUCCUGAUUUUAACAGUGCAAUGGAACAUUCCAAUUCUAUUAAAGUGGAGGAGCUGUAUGACAGUGCUGUUUACAGUGCAGUGCACCUCUUCCAUGGUUCUUAAGGAAUAUUUCUUUGAUAAGUAAUUUGCAGGAUCCAUAACUGCCAGUAGAAGAUUUUGUUAAUGUGAUCUGCCACACUGAUUUUUUUUCCCCCCACAAGUGGAAGGAUACAAUGUUUUUUCAACAUCUUAGUUUAUAUUUUUAUAUUUGACAUUAUUAAAUUCAAGAUGGUAUUGUCCUGUUUAAUUGUUCAAUAAGUUUUAAUGCCCAAUAGGGAAAAAUAAAAACAGAAGUUACAGUGCAAACUGUUUUUCAGUGGUUAUAAAUGAGCAUCUAUAUUUAAGAUUCCCUUCAAAAGAUUUACUGGUUCCAUUGAUAACUUUCAUAUUGAACGCUUGAUGAAUCUGAUUUUGGAUUCACAUCAGUUACAGGAGAGUGCAGAAAUUCUUUUUUUAAUUCUUUCCAUGUCAGUGAUUCAAACUUCCCAUUUCAAUCUGAGUAAAAGCACGUCAGGAACUGGGAUUAUGAUUUUGGUAAAAAUUGUUUGCUUUUUUUUAAAAAAAGUUUGUUCUAGAAUAAUAUUUGUGUCCAUAAAAAGUUGGUUUCCUGCAGUUUGAUGACAAAAUGAAGCCUAAACAUCAAACUGAACAUAUAUUGAAAGGGUCAAGAUAGCUUAUGUCAAUUGCAUUUUCAAAACUUGAUCUCGUCUUACAUUCUUGUCUCAUUCUAGACAUACCAUUUUAAAUUUAUAUAAUGAUGUUUGGGCAUGGCACAACUAAUAGACAAUGCCUACUGAAGGUAUUUUUUGAGAGUUAGUUGUAGAUUUUUUGAUGUUUGUUAAAAAUGAAAUGUGGCCACUUGUUCAGUGUGAUAUAAAAAAAAUUGUAUACUUUUUCAAUAUUUUGCAUGAUGGUUAGUUUGAAGUGCAUUGUUGUGUGAACAUUAAAACUUCAAAUAUUUACAAGCUGAAAGAAAUGGUUGUUUGCAAACAAUUUUUUUAUGUUACAAGUUAAUCUACAUUGAAUGGGUUUAACAGUUUGCAUAUAAAAUGGUGUUUUGCUUUUAGAAGUAUUUUAUUCAUUUGUGUAUCCUUUUCAUGCCAUUGUAUGUUCCCUAUUUUAAUUGUUGAACUGACAUCUAAAAGGGGAAAAAAUGCUUGAUUUUGUAUGCUACUACUGUAACUAAGACUUUAUGCAUUAAAAUAUGUUAUCCUUAUUCAGUA